ACAACACAUUUCUCAUCAAAAAAAGCCAAAAAAAAAAAUGGCAUCAUCAAAUUCAAAAGCCCUUCACCACAACCGCUCUCUUAGCUUCCCUUCCAAAGAGAAUCCAUCAACCUCUCAUCUCAAUGAGAGCUUGGCCAAUGCAAGAGGCCGCGACGCCGCCGCCUCCUCCUCCUCUUCCUCGUUGUCAUCGAUGAAGACCAGAGCGAAAUGCAUCACGAAUUUGUACAACGACAUCGACGAUCUCCUUCAAAUGCCCCACACUCACCACAUCAUCACCCAAGAGAGGUCGAUCGACCAUCUCUUGGAUGGCUACAUCGGGGUCUUGGACGCCUGCACGGCAGCCAAAGACCUCGUCUCAAACACGAAGCACGACGUGCAGGGGCUCCUCUCCGCCCUAAGGAGGAAGGACGCGGCCGGCAUCGCCUCCUACCUCGCCUCCACGAAGCUGUCGAGGAAGAGCAUACACAAAUCUUUGAAGCAGCUGAGGAGCUGCAGAAGCAACAAACACAUGAUUUGCAAUAAUAAUCUCCCAAAAUGUGGAGAAUCUGAGCUCGUGCAUAAGCUGAAAGAGGCGGAAUCCGUCGCUAUCGCCAUGCUUGAAUCCUUGAUGUCCUACUUGGGUGGGAAUAAGAUGCAGGCGGCUAGCAAGAGUGGCUGGUCUUUGGUGACGAAAGUGAUGCUUUCGAAGAAACGCGAAGAUUCGGAUUCAGAUUCAGAUUCGGAUUCGAACGAGUUCAAGAAGAUCGACGCGCUCUUGCAGAAGAGUCUAGAAGGAAUGCAAGUCAUGAAUCUCUCCAAAGAGGUGGAUUCCAGCAUUCAGGAUCUUGAAGAAGAGCUAGAGUGCUUGUUCAGACAGUUGAUUAGGACAAGAGUUUUGCUCCUCAACAUUCUUAACAACUAGGGUUUUUUAAGAUAUAUAUAUGAAAUUUUGUACAUCACCUCUUGUAUAUGAAAAGAUACUUCAACUUGUACAUUAUUAUUACCCUUGGUUUAAUUACUAGAAGAGAAACUACAAAGUUUUCAUCAAC